GCUGGCUGGCUGCGGCGCUGGCGCGCGGGAGGCGCAGGGGCUGAGUCCCUUUCCACCUGCCGGCGCGAGCACAGCGCCAUGGGCGGCCGCCAGCCGGGGGACCGCCGGGCUGAGCCCCGCUGAGCCCACCGGGCCGGCCAUGGGCGACCGCGAGCGCAACAAGAAGCGGCUGCUGGAGCUGCUGCAGGCGGCGGGCACCGGCAACUCUCACUGCGCCGACUGCGGGGCGGCGGAUCCUGACUGGGCCUCCUACAAGCUGGGCAUCUUCAUCUGUCUGAAUUGCUCCGGCGUCCACCGCAACUUCCCAGACAUCAGCAGAGUUAAAUCCGUGAGACUUGACUUCUGGGAUGACAGUACCGUGGAGUUUAUGACCCACAACGGGAACCUCCGUGUGAAGGCCAAGUAUGAAGCCAGAGUCCCUGCUUUCUACUAUAUCCCCCAGGCCAACGACUGUCUGGUCUUAAAGGAACAGUGGAUUCGAGCUAAGUAUGAAAGACAGGAAUUCAUGGCCGAUGGGAAAACCAUCUCACCCCCAGGUAACCGAGAAGGGUUCUUGUGGAAGCGGGGAAGAGACAAUGCACAGUUCCUGAGAAGGAAGUUUGUUCUCCUGGCAAGAGAAGGCCUCCUGAAAUACUAUACUAAAGAAGAGGGUAAAGGCCCCAAAGCUGUCAUCAGCAUCAGAGACUUGAAUGCCACCUUUGAAACAGAGAAGAUAGGGAACCCCCACGGGCUGCAGAUCACCUACAGGAGAGAGGGCCACAUCAGGAACCUGUUCGUGUACCACGAAAGUGGGAAGGAGAUAGUGGACUGGUUCAAUGCCCUCCGUGCAGCCCGUCUGCAGUACCUAAAAACGGCCUUUCCUGAGCUCCCAGAGUCUGAGCUCGUGCCCCUCAUCACCAGGAACUACCUCAAACAAGGCUUCAUGGAAAAGACGGGCCCAAAGCAGAGAGAACCUUUCAAGAAAAGGUGGUUCGCCCUGGAUCCCCAGGAGCGGAGGCUGCUCUAUUACAAGAACCCACUGGAUGCCUUUGAACAGGGCCAGGUUUUUCUUGGGAGCAACGAGCAGGGGUAUGAUGUAUAUGAAGACCUGCCCAAGGGCAUCCGAGGGAACCGCUGGAAAGCUGGCCUCACCAUCAUCACCCCUGAGCGGAGGUUCGUCUUCACCUGCCCCAGCGAGAAGGAGCAGCGGGAAUGGCUGGAGAGCUUUCAGGAUGUCCUCUCCCGCCCCCUGACGCCCCUCAACCUCCUCGCUGCAUCAACAGAGGGCAGCCACGGCCGCAGGUGACCCAUCAGCUGAGGAGCUGGCCACUGGUCACCCGGAGCUUGUGGUGGGAAGGACAAGUUCUCACCUUGGCCUUGGUUGCCCAGCUGGAGGGCCCCAUAGGCAACAGCCAUCGCCGGCCAUGAACUCUGCCAAGACUGAAGCUUUGGCCUUUACCUGUUGGCUCCCCAGGCCUUCCCACUGCCCAGCCCUGGGGGUCUUGGGGCUCUGGCACAUGUCCUCAAGGCCCAGGACAUCUGAAAUGAAGGCACUGCAAUGGAAAGCCACCCACCGUGUCAUGCAAGUGGCAUUUUUGCUCAAAGAGAAAAAAAGUUUAAUCUGGAUCUAACCAUGAGGAACUAAUCAGACAAAUUCACAUUAGAGACAUUCUCUGAAACAGCUGGCCUGGACUCUUCAAAAGUGUCAGUAUCAUGAAAGAUAAAGUAGUGAGGAAAGGGUUCUAGAUUUAAAAAGACUAAGGAGGCAAGAAAAUGCAAUUCAUGAUUCUUGACUGGAUCCUGCAUUUUUAUGAUUUAUUUUUUUAAAGAUUUUUAUUUGUAAGUAAUCUCUACACCCAACGUGGGGUUCAAACUUACAACCCCAAGAUCAGGAGUCGCACACUCUCCUGACUGAGCCAGCCAGGCUCCCCUGGAUCCUGGAUUUUUACAAAGCAGCUAUAAAAGACAUAAUGGAGGGGGGCGCCUGGGUGGCGCAGUCGGUUGGGCAUCCGACUUCAGCCAGGUCACGAUCUCGCGGUCCGUGAGUUCGAGCCCCGCGUCAGGCUCUGGGCUGAUGGCUCAGAGCCUGGAGCCUGUUUCCGAUUCUGUGUCUCCCUCUCUCUCUGUCCCUCCCCCGUUCAUGCUCUGUCUCUCUCUGUCCCAAAAAUAAAUAAACGUUGAAAAAAAAAUUUAUAAAAAAAAGACAUAAUGGAGAUAACUGGGGAAGUUUGAACAUGGAUGUAUACUAGCCAAGAGUGUUGUAAAACUGAUAAUUAUGUUGUAUUUGUGUAGAUUGUUCUUGUUCUUCAGGGAUAUGUGCUGAAGUGUUCAGGGGUAAAGUGUAAUAAUUUUUAGUCUACAACUGUCUCUGAAAUGGUUUGGCAAAGAAUAAGUGUAUGUGUACAUGUAUAUAUAGAGUAUAUACAUAUAUAUGUAUAUAUAUAGUGUAUAUAUAUAUAUGUAUAGUGUGUGUGUAUAUAUAUAUAUAAGAUAGGAAAUAUAUAUACAGGGAAAGAGCUAGAGAAAGCGAGCCACUGUGCAACAUGUUAGCAGCUGAUGAAUCCAGGUGAAGUAUAGAUGAGUCUCUAUUGUCCUUUUUGUGCAAACUUUCUAGAGAUUCAAAAGUGUUCAAACUUAAAAGUUGGAAGUGGGGGAAACUUUUAAAGAGACCAUCCACUUCUCACUCUUCAAAAGCACUGUUUUUUCUACAUGAAUCAGAAAUGUCCGUGGGAAAGUCCCAUCUUUGUGCACAUCUGAGAAGAAAUUAAAACCCAGAUUAAUAAACAGAACAAAACAAAACUUUCUGUGAAGAAAGAAGCAAGUCAAGGAGAACCCCACUGGACCCCAGGGCAGAGAGAGAGCCAUCCAGUUGGCGUGCCAGCUCUGGCUUUGCCACUAACUUGAGAUUGUUGGACACCUCACCUUCCUACCUAUGUGCCUUGGUUUUUCGCUUUCAAGUGAGGAAGUUGUACUAACUAUUGAAAUGCGAUGCAAGCAACACAUACUUUUGAGCAGCCCCCCGGUGCCAGGUUCUGUGCCAAGCCCUGGGAACAGGGCAGGAACCAGAUGGUACCUGCUGUCCCAGAUUACAGGCUUCUGGAAGGCAACUCUUAUACAGGGUGGGACAAUGGCACGCGUGUCCAGAAAGGAAAAUACAGGCUGCUGUGGGAGCAUGCAACACAGGGUUGCCCCUAAGGAGGGGGAGGGGAGGGCCUCCGUCCUCUCCAGAAAGUGAUGUUAAGUGAAACCUUAAAAGUAUUUAGAGGUUAGUCAAAGGGAAGAGGGUGAGGAAAACGCUCGUCUGAGGGAAAAAAAUGUUCAAAGCCCCUUAGAUGGCAAAGAGGAACCGAAAGAAACUUGGAAAGGCUGAAAUGUUAGAGAAAUAGAUCACCGAGGUCCCAGCUCUAUGAUUCUUUGUCCUUCAGGUCACGUGCAGAAAGACACUUAGUGUUCUCUCUUCAUUUUGGUGGAGACCCAGAGGGCUGGGAGUGUCUUAUUCUCUGCUUUUUGUGGGGGUUUCCUAUGGAUCCCCCAGAGGGCUAGCAAAGUUAUUGGAGUGUCUUUGUUGAGGCUUCCUGACAGCCCAGACAUGAUGUGGGUGCUCCCUCUUCUGGCUCCUAAAGCACCUUGAAAAUGUCUGUUUCAACACCUGCUGGGUUGUAUAUUAAGGGUCUGCUUUUUUUUUUUUUUUUAAAUUACCGGUGAGCUCUGUCUAGAGAGGAAGAAAGAAAUACACAGGCAGUAACACAGCUAGCUACCUGGCGUUAAGAAGGAAAGUCACAUGAUCAGACUUUAAGUUGAGGAAAACAACACAGCAGCAUAGCAUAGGAGUAGGAAGCGGAGAGACCAAUUGGGAAGCCACUGCAGUAAUCACAAGCAUCAUUGUAAUGUGUAAUUGUGGGCCUGCACCCCAGCUCUCCUUCCCAUCUCUUCUUUCCUAAACCUCCUUCUCUUGUCCAGAAAAGAAAGCCAUACCUCUUACCCACCUUAAACCUUACUGGAGUACAUUGCUUGAAGGCAUAAAAAUCACUGGGAUGCCAAAUAAA